CUUCGAUUUUUGAUAGAAAAUCUAUAAAUUCAAGGGGUGGUUUUACUAUUUGGCAAUUACUAUAUUGCUUUUCUGAAGUGAAGAAAAAAUCUUCUUCAGUAAUACCACCAUCAAACCUUGGCAAGGGCAUUAAACAAUUAUGUUGUUUAAAAUAUUUAUAGUACAAAUAACCGCAAAAAUACACAAAAGCAUUUUUAUGUAGAAAGCUACUUUCAUCUACGUCCACAUUUACCUCGAUUUGUAUAUUUUGAAAUGAGGUAGAAUUGGUAGGUCUUGGUAAACUUUGAAAAGUUUGCCAAGAGGUAUUUUGAACCAAAGCGUCGUUGCAGGCGCUUUUGAGGGAGCUAUUAGAAAAUGACUCACACUGGUCAACUGGCAAGAGUUCGCAGUUCCCUUUAUCUACACAACGAAUAUAUCCUAUGUUCCAGGCUUGUCUGAAAAGAUAUGAGAAACGCUGCGGAGUUAUUCUCACAUCAAAAAAAAGGGCAAACUCGGCUGUGUUAAUAAAAGAUGGAGACUUAUGCCGGUAUUCUGCGAGCAGUCUCAUGUCUCUAAUAGAGACGAUUCUGUGGUGAAAUCUAUUUAGUGACUGUUUGGUAUUCUGGCGAGUUUGUCUCAUCUCUAAUUGAGCAAUAUCAGUCUCUAAUUUGUUAUCUGCUUUGCACCAAGUCAUAGAAAAACAAGAGCAAAGCAAUGGCUGAUGAAGUUGGACUAUUUUACCUUAUGAUGAAAAAUCGAGAGGAGGAAGAGAGCUACAUUCGCAGGCGCAAUCUGACUGUUUUGCGAAACAAAAAAGAUCCGUUUUCAUACGAAGAGAACACAUUCAGGAAGUUUUUUCGAUUUCCCAAAUCUUUGUGCUGGGAUCUCAUUAAUCAACUCAAGCCGUAUGACCAACAGCAAACAUCGAUUCCAUUUGAACUUCGGUUUAUUUCAGUUUUAUAUUUUUUAUGCAAUGGCUCAUAUCAGUGUUGCGUGGGAAAUGCAUAUUUCGCGGUGAUGAGCCAACCAACCAUUUCUCGAUGUAUCGAAUAUAUUUGUAAAUUGGUGGUGGAGCGAAAACAUGGCGAAGUGCGUUUUCCUAAUUCUGUUGAAGAGUACAAUAGAAUUAAGACUGGAUUUUAUUCGAAAUUUGGAAUAAAAGGUGUAAUUGGAGCAAUUGAUUGCACUCAUGUUGGCAUAAUUGCACCUGCCUUGUCAAACACAGUUGUACCGCAUGAUUAUAUGAACAGAAAAGGUUAUUAUAGCAGGUUUGUGUGACG